UGUCCGGUGGAGCCUUCCGUUUCCACUUCCUGGUUAGCGCUGUCAGUGCUGCACAAUGAAAAUAUUGACUUUAUUAAGCUUUUUUGCGACUCACCCUUUGACUAACAGCAUUAACUUGGAGGAACAAACAGCGCAGUUCUUCAGCAGCGGUCAUACAAAUAACUGGGCUGUUUUGGUGUGCACCUCUAGAUUCUGGUUUAACUACCGACAUGUGGCCAAUACUUUGUCUGUGUACAGAAGUGUCAAGAGGCUGGGCAUCCCUGACAGCCACAUCGUUCUGAUGCUGGCCGACGACAUGGCUUGUAACCACAGAAAUCCCAAACCUGCCACCGUGUUUAGCCACAAGAACAUGGAGCUUAAUGUGUACGGAGAUGACGUUGAGGUGGACUACCGAGGAUACGAGGUGACGGUGGAGAACUUUCUGCGAGUUUUAACGGGACGGCUCCCCCCGAGCACCCCACGCUCCAAACGCCUCCUCUCUGAUGACCGCAGCAACAUCCUCAUCUACCUGACAGGCCACGGUGGGAACGGCUUUCUGAAGUUCCAAGACUCGGAGGAGAUCAGUAAUGUGGAGCUGGCGGACGCCUUUGAACAGAUGUGGCAGAAAAGAAGGUACAACGAGCUGCUCUUCAUCAUCGACACGUGUCAGGGUGCCUCCAUGUACGAGAGAUUCUACUCCCCAAACCUCAUGGCUUUGGCCAGCAGUCAGGUGGGAGAGGAUUCCCUCUCGCACCAGCCGGAUUUGGCCAUAGGAGUCCACCUGAUGGACCGCUACACUUUCUACCUGCUGGAGUUCCUGGAGGACAUCCACCCUGCGAGCAAAUCCAACAUGAAUGACCUGUUCAAGGUCUGCCCCAAGAGUCAGUGUGUCUCCACCCCGGGCCAUCGGACCGACCUGUUCCUGAGGGAUCCGGGAAGUGUCCUCAUCACCGAUUUCUUUGGCAGCGUCCGGAAAAUCGAGAUCACCAUGGAAGCCGUCAACUUGACCGGUCCCGUCCAGGCAGUGGAGGAGAGUCCUGUGACUGGGGAAGCAAACAAAGAGCUGUAUUCAUACGUGGACCAGCUGCCAGUGUCGGAGAUCAUCCAUCAGAAACCCAAGCAGAGAGACUGGCAUCCCCCUGACGGCUUCAUCCUGGGCCUGUGGUCUUUAAUCCUCCUGGUGUUUUUCAAGACGUACGGCAUGAAGCAUCUCAAACACAUCUUCUGAGGACUCAGCGUUUACAUCGAAGGACAUGAAGCUACAGGAUAUUUGGUUUGUGGGGGGGGGGGGGGUGCAGAAGCAACUACUGAUCUGUCGGGAGCUGAACUGAACUCCUGGUGCCUUUCAUGUAAUUUAGGGGAAUGUCGCCGUCUACUUACACGUGAAACCUUUUUGUGUUUUAUUCAAACUGUUCAGACGAGGACCAUGUAUCUUUUUUUUUUAACCGCAAUUUUCUACGCUCUGCGCUCUGUUUGUUCUUCAGCAUGUAUAUUUAUCUCUGUUCUGCUUCGUCAGAUCAUCCGUCAGUUGCGGUGAUGCGGUUUAAAAUGCUCUGAAGUGACCCUGCAGAUAAUUUAAUUUAUUUCGAGAGCAUGCUGCUGCAUAUUUCAGCCGUAGCAGCCUAUUUGUUUGAGUGCUGCUCCGAACAUUUGUUUGGUCAAAAAGGGAAAACAUGCGACCGGAAGCGGCUGAUCUGCUGUGAGAGGGCUGCGGAGAGAUUACCAUUUAAUGCCUCCUAUGUCCGUAUAAAUUACACCCUUUUGGUCGUACCAUCACACUUAUGAAGGAUAACAAUCGGAUGUAAUCUCAGCUCCUCCAUGAUGGAGCCAUCCACCUUUCCAUUCGCUAAAUGGCUCUCUUCAGUGGAAGCAUCCAUUAGCUCUCCACCCGUGUGCACUACUUAUUGUAUUCUGGGUGAUGGACGGCUUUUCAGUCCUCGCCAUUUUCUCGUCUUGAGCUUGCUAGUGAAAUGGCCUCAGGCCGUCCCAAAUGAGUCUCCGUUAUGCCGGGACAUGUUUUCCUUUUUUCUCUUUGCCCUUUCUGACCUUGUGCAGGGACGGUGGUGCUGGGUGGGGUUGGGUGGGGCUGUUGGACUGGUGGGUUUAUCUCUGGCCCUCGGCACGAGGACCCGCCCCUUCAGCCGCCUGCUGCCACGCGUCUCGGCUGAAAUGGAAAACGGAGCGACGUGUCGGAGGACAGCUGCUGCGUCAGCCUCUUCUAACCUUUUGUUAUACAUUAUUGAUGCCACUUUUAUUUCUUCUCUGUUUUUCCUCUUGAGUUCUUAUUUCCUGUAAGGUUCCCCUUCCAGAUGGAGCAGGCACAUUUUAUUUCCUCACUGGUGUAGAAUUUUAUCUUAUUAAACACUGAAACACUGAAUGAAAAGAAUAAAUGUGUUUUAAAUGUA